UUCCUGCGGGCAACAGAACGAAGAUCAAUGAACCAGGCGAUUUACCGAAACUGGUCGGACGGGCUGAGGUGGGAAUAAACCAUCGACACGGUAAUAUUGUUUUUGUUUGAGACGUCAAACCUCUAAAUACCGUUUUUUUUCGGGAGCGACCGACACCAGAAGAGUGCGAUGUGGAAAAAUUACAGUUGUACUGUAGCCUAAUAGACCAGUGAUUCGUUUUGUACGGACAUAUUCUGUUAUUCACAGCUGAAUCGAGAACGAAGGAAUAUUAAUGAUGAUCUUUGCAAACACCGCCAAUCCAGUGAGGACACCUUAUCGAAAGCAGCCUCCUGUUGCUCCGCCCACACUUCCAAUGGCUCCGCCCAGCCCGAGCACCAAUAGCAGCACGAAUAACAGCAGCAACAGCAGCACGACCGGAUGGGAGCAGCUCAGCAAAACCAACCUUUAUAUCCGCGGCCUGCCCCCAUCCACCACCGACCACGACCUUGUCAAACUCUGUCAGCCGUAUGGAAAGAUUGUCUCCACAAAAGCCAUCCUGGACAAGACCACAAACAAAUGCAAAGGUUACGGCUUUGUGGAUUUUGAUAGUCCAGUGUCAGCGCAGAAAGCUGUGGCAGCGCUAAAGAACAACGGAGUUCAAGCUCAGAUGGCCAAGCAACAGGAACAGGACCCGACCAACCUGUACCUGUCCAACCUGCCAGUCUCCAUGGACGAGCAGGAGCUGGAGAACCUCCUCAAGCCCUUCGGACAGGUCAUCUCCACUCGCAUCCUCAGAGACGCACACGGCGUGAGCCGAGGCGUAGGCUUCGCAAGGAUGGAGUCCACGGAGAAGUGCGAUGCCGUGAUCUCUCACUUUAAUGGGAAGUUCAUUAAGUCCGCUUCUGGAAUGCUGGGUGCGUCUGAGCCCCUUCUCUGUAAAUUUGCUGAUGGAGGACAGAAGAAGCGAUUGAGUCAGACUAAAUAUGUCCCCAACGGACGAAACUGGACACGGGACGCCGAGGUGAGACUAAGCGGGAUAACAUUGACCUAUGACCCCAAUGCUGCUGCGCUCCAAAAUGGGUACUACACCCCUCACUACAGCAUGGGGAACAGGAUAAUGACCCAGACUGCUGUGUCUCCCUACAUCUCACCUGUCUCCACUUACCAGGUUCAGAGUCCCUCCUGGAUGACACAUCAGCCUUAUAUUAUGCAGCAUCCGGGAGCUGUUCUGUCGCCCUCUAUGGAGCAUCCCAUGUCUCUGCAGCCGUCCUCCAUGUUGACUCCUCUGACCCAGCAGAUGGGCCACCUCUCCUUAGGAGGCACUGCCACGUUUAUUCCGGCAAAUACACCUAUGCAAGGAGCAUAUAUUCCUCAGUAUGCUCAUAUCCAACCCGCUGCCAUCGCCACUGAGGAUCCCAGCGUGCAGCCGCAGGAUGUGAACUCCAGUGAUCCUUCCACCUACCCAUUCCAACCGAACAAGCAAUAAAAGGGUGAGGAGUUUGGAGGCGGAGUCAAAAGAGGGCUGCUAUAAUUUACAGGCAGGCACUUCCUUGUCGAGGAAGUGACACAUCACAGAGGAAAGACACCUUUUUUUGCACAGGUUACAAAAAAGAAAACAACAACAAAAAAAAAUAAACACGAAAAUUCCACGGUUUAAUCAACUCCGACAACCUCAAACACCCGCAGCAGGUGCAUCAGCAACCAAAACAAUGCAACUCAUUACAGGAAGACAGACAGACAGACAGACAUGGGAGAGAAGUAGACGUUUUAUUUUGCUAACGAAAUGGAAACAAGACGAACGCUUAUUUUUUACCAAGGACUUCGGCACAGACCAAAGUCUGUGGACACUGGACUCCAAAAAACAAAAAAAACAUAAAAAAAAAAAAAAAUUACAAAUAAAUAAAUGCAGUGUGCUAGUACCUUUAGAUGCAUGAGAGGACUUUUUAGUAUGGUUUUUAGUGUGUUUUUACUGACCGUUUAUCACACACAUAUACAGACACACACUUAAACACACAAGAAAAGAAAAUUUGCUGUGGUAGUAGCAACGAGGAGGUUUCUUUUUUUGCUUUUGUCUUCCGCACUUUGCCUUCUUGGUCCGUAGUAACAGUAAUUUGCCUUGUAAAUACAGUAGAGCGGGGUUUUAGAUGAAAACGCUCGACGGCUGUUGUUGCUCUUCUCUCCUGUCUGUCAAAGCGGAUAAUUCACAUGCUUUACUCGAGGCUGUUCUCCGAAUGCAGGUUGUGUAAAGUGUGUGUGUGAUUCUCACGGGAAAGACGAAAUCUGCUGUCCUCUGCCUUCUUUUUUCAGUCAAACUUGAUGUGGUAGUUGUAGAUGAAGCUGUUGUUAGUUUGGGACGGGCGAUUACAGUAGGUGGGGUGGGGGAGGGGUGGGGGAUUUAGGGGCGGGGCUCGAUGGGUGGAGACGGAGUAUAGAUUAUAGGGGACGCGCUCGACCUUUGGGACGAUACACCGUUCGUUAUUAGUAAUAGUUUUUCAGAGAGCAGAUUAUGACGCUUUUUUAUGGCAGUUUUUUUUCUUUUAUGUUUGAACACGGUGUGUAGAAAUUUCUUGUAAUGAGAGGCAGAAGUGCAAUGUUUCUUUAGCUAGAAAGCAAGAGUUGUACAGAACAAGAGUUAAAAAAGAGAGAGAGAGAGAUCCAUUUUUAUAACAAAAUCAAUCAUUGGGAGGUAAAUCCCGGAUUUUUCUUUUUUCUUUUUCUUUUUUUUUUUUUGGCGAUUUUUUUAUUCCGCAAUUAUCCCUCCAGUUCAUGGCAAUAUUAAGGGCUGCAGCUGUCAAUCAGAAACUGAUAUAAAAUGCAGUGACUUUAGAAUCGAGUUCGAAAUGCAUUCUGUUUAAAAAAAAAAAAAGCGUGUGAGGGUUUCGUAGUGAAAGGGACAAACUUUCGGGGAAGCUCUUAGAUGUACAAUUUAAAAUCGGGUCCUGCAGAGAAAAGAAUUAAGGCAAUAAAAAAUAUAUAUAAAGAAAGGCAAUUAAGAUACUUUCCACCAAAGACCAUCAAAAUGUUCCCAUCAGUAUGGACUAGAGCAAAAGGAGCAGGUGUAAGCUAGAUCUAUGUGGAUAUUUGGAAAUUGUGCCUUUUUUGCCAACUCGGUUUUGAUUAAGUUUAUAUUUACUUAUAUCCUCAAACAUGAAGUAUCUGGAAAUAAGAAGAAAUACACGAAACUAAUCAAAGGCUAAUGAUGCAGAUACAAAAGAGACUUUGGUCUUUAAUAUUGAUAAUUCAACAGAGUCACGUUUGUCGUUUUGUUUCGUUUUGUUUUGAUUUUUUGUUUUUUUUGCAGCUGUUUUCUUUUGAUGUCCAGGUCAGCUUGGCCGUCGAUCUACCUCAGAGUUGUAUCUGUCGUCUGAUUGGUCGGGUUUGCAGGUCUAUCCUGCCCAAUCAGGAGGAAAAACACCAGCUCUGGAGCUGGGAUCAUACAGGACUUUGCAUUUUAACACAUCUGUUCAUCCACUUCUUCAAAGGAAACAUUUGUGGGGGGUUUUUUUGUUUGUUUUUCUUGUCUUUUUGUUUGUUCUUUUUUUUUCUUUUCUUUUUUCUUUGUAUUUUGAUGUUCUGCAUUUAGCCGUCUGGAGAGCUCCUAAAAAAAAAAAAAAAAAAAGGAAGAAAAAAAAGUAGGCUUCUUUGUUUUGGAAAAGCUGUGGCGGUUGAGAAAAGCCUAUGUGACUGCUUUGAAAAAAUAUUUUUACGACUGCGUUUGAUGAAAAGACGAAUCAUGUUCUGUAUCCAAACGGAUCACAAGCUCUACCAGGUCACUGCAGUCUCACUCAGUUUACCGAGGCUUAAUUCAAGCAACCAAAGUAACACACAAUUUCACUGAGAGAAGUAUCUAGAUGAGGGAAUUUUUUUUUCAGUUUCUCCUGGCACAAUCUUUCAUGUCAAUACAGUGGUUAAAGGGAAAAAUGUUCAUGAAGCAAAGAAAUGCUACAUAGGUUUCACAGAAACAGUGACACUUUUUUUUAAUAUCGCUUCAUUGUACACGCCACACUUUUGUCAGUGGUAGCUUGUACAUCCAACAAUAACAACCACAAAACCUGCUCCUGUGUUUUGUUUCUAUUCUACAAUCUGUCAAUUAUUAUUAUUUUUUUUUAUUUAAACGCUUUUUAUCUUUUAUUUCUAUGAUGAAUUCCUCUGUGAAAAACUUUUGAAUUAAAGACAGAGCUCAAACCUG